AUGAUUUUGUCUGUAAAAUAAUACAAUUAGAUAAUCCAAAAAAAUUCAGAUAAAAAAUGAACUCAUAUCUUAGCCAUAAAUUAUUAAUAAUCUGCUAACAUAGUAAGCUGUGAUAUGAUAAAAUCUUUUCUUCAGCUUUUUGUAUCUAAAUAUUAUGCCUUUUCCGGGGUCGACCGCUAACAAAUAAUCUAUUGAGAUUUUUGUAUUUUAAAUAUGUUUUACACUAAUGAGGUCAUGUGUUAUGCUUUAACCACGGAUGAACAAUGCUUAAACGAUUCACAUCCUCACCAUUGUGCCAAAUAUGGUAUAUAUAGUUGGAACCAAAACUUGUUCAGUUAGUAGUCAUCCUCUAUUGGCAUUAAGACAUAUCGACAACACAGGUUCUUGCAAACAUGCAGUGUUCACACCUGAUUUUCCUUGCUGCAGUAUGCACAGCACAUUCGAUUAUAACGAUCCUACAUUUCCAAAAGAAGCCAAGUGUACAUUGGCCUGUUCACUAGAGAAAAAAGGUGUGAUAAAGGCAGAUGGAUCCAUCGAUAAACAAAAGGAUAAAGAGGCUCUUGAAGAAAUAGUGAAAGAUGACGAGCUCAAAGCAAAGUUGUUGGUAGCAAUCGAAGAAUGCGAUGUUAAAGAGAAAGCAGAUAAAUGUGAAGCGGCUUAUGAUUUUGUAAAAUGCAAGAAAGCGAAGGCUGGAAAGCAUUGAAUAUGAAGAAGAAAGGCUAAUUUAUUUAAUCAGAUUAUUCCCACUUAUAUGUAGUAUAAUAUAUAAAUAUAGAAAUAUAUAUGAUGUACAUAAAUAUAUCGAAUAUACAUUCUUUUUAAUAUUUAACAAUAAAU